ACACGCGAGCCUGACCGGAUACCUUUUUUUAACGCGCAGGAAAGCAGCAAGCCAUCUCCGUUUUGUCCGCGAACGGGUGCGGGGAAGGGAAGCGAAAGUGAGUGUGUAACACCUCUUUGAGUCCGGUGUGCCGCACGCUGUUGGGUCCUGGACGAAGGAUCCGCCCAGUUGAUGUGUUCCCCGAGAGCAAGGUCCGCCCUUCGAGCUGCGUCAUACUGCGGCUCCCAACCGAGAAGACAGCGAAGUUGGGGACGUUGACAUCAAUCAAUUCGGCUGGUCUCAGUUUCCUGAGUGAGUGAGAGAGAAAAAAGAAGUGAGACCCAAUUGACAGUAACAAUGUCCCGGCAGAUACAUUCGCGGAGAAUUGAAGGAUUAGACAAGAAUAUUUGGGUCGAAUUUACACAGCUUGCUGCUGAUCAUGCAGUUGUCAACCUAGGGCAAGGAUUUCCUGACUUCUCCCCUCCAAAUUUUUUAAAAGAUGCUUUCACGAGGGCCAUAAAUGGUGACUUCAACCAGUAUACCAGGGCUUUUGGUCACCCACCAUUAGUGAACAUCCUAGCAAAGUUCUUUGGGAAAUUAUUGGAACAAGACAUUGAACCAUUCACUGAAGUUCUAGUGACAGUUGGGGCAUAUGAAGCCCUAUUCUGUUUCUUCCAGGCACUGAUUGAUGAUGAAGAUGAAGUCAUUAUCAUUGAACCGUUCUUUGAUUGUUAUGAGUCAAUGGUGCGAAUGGCAGGUGGCCAUCCUGUAUAUAUCCCACUGCAUCCAAAACCUGUAUCUGGAAGAUUGAUGACCAGUGCUGACUGGGUAUUGGAUCCUGCUGAACUAGCAAAUAAGUUUAACAAGCGUACUAAAGCAAUCGUCGUUAAUACUCCAAAUAACCCUCUUGGCAAGGUUUUCAACCGUGAAGAGUUGCAGAUGAUCACAGAUCUGUGUCUGAAACACAAUGUGUUGUGCAUUAGUGACGAGGUGUAUGAAUGGCUGGUAUAUGAUGCAAACAGGCAUGUGCGGAUUGCUGGCCUGCCAGGGAUGUGGGAGCGAACAAUCACUGUUGGAAGUGCAGGAAAAACCUUUAGUGCUACAGGGUGGAAGGUUGGCUGGGCAAUUGGACCUAAGGACAUCAUCAGGCAUUUGCAGACUGUCCAUCAGAACUCAAACUAUCAUUGUGCCACUGCAGCACAGCAAGCUGUAGCAGAAGGAUUUGUAAAAGAAUUUGCACGCUUAGGAGCACCAGACAGUUAUUUUACCAACUUGCGUCAGGAACUGCAAUUGAAACGUGACCAGCUUGCUGCCUGCCUCUCUUCUGUGGGGCUAAAGCCAAUUGUGCCAGAGGGUGGUUACUUCUUGAUUGUGGACAUCUCAGCAGUCAAGAUUGAUCUGCCAGUCUCCACCGACACUGAGCAGCCAUAUGAUUAUAGAUUUGUGAAGUGGCUCAUAACUAAUAAGGGCUUGGUCACAAUUCCAGUUUCUGCUUUCUACUCUUCUGAGCACAAAAAGGGCUUUGAAAACUUCAUACGCUUUUGCUUUGCUAAGGAGGACUCAACUUUAAGCAAGGCAGAACAGAUUCUUCAAGAGUGGAAAAGUACAUUGCUGACCCAUUUUUAGUUGUAUUUCUCUUACUUAAAAAAAGAUACGAUUUUCAAAUCUAUGCACAAAUGCAUCAUCAUAGUCUAAUUUGAUCAGAAAAUGACCGUAGAUGCUGCUGAGGAUGGUUUUUUUUUGCCAUGCUUUGAGGCCUGGAUGAAACAUGAAAUGGACAGAAGCUCUUAAACUUCCAGUUAAGGGAUCUCCAAUGCCAGCCCCAUGCCUAACUUGAGCAAUAUUGACAGACUGGAGUGCCUUUGCCAGGGAAUGUUGCAGAAACUGGUGAAAUCUGAAACCAAGUCGGUGGCUGCAAAUAUUAAAGCAGUGUGAGUUUUGAUCUUAGUGUAAUUAUUAGUGUAUUAGUACUGAAAUGUUCAAUUUUUCAGGUGUAUAUUUCAAUACAGUGCAUCAUUUAAUUAUUUUUCAUCAACUGUUCAGUCAUGUUAUGCACUCCAGGACAGAUUGUAUUUGAACCUGGACUGUCAUGUCCAGAGAUAAAAAUCCUAUCACUGCAUCACAAGACCCCUUCAAAUGAAUUUUUAUCGAUCCGUUGGACAUGUUCUUAUGACCCAGAGGUAGGCAUACCACUGUGUUUACUUGGUGCCUCACCUGUGGAAUGAUUUAAAAUGGUUGGUUAAAUAAUUGAUUACAUAUAGCUGUUACUUGCUGUGCAUUUUUUUUAAACAGCAGUUUGAUUAUGUAGGUUAAGACUGAGCUAACUUAGUUUCCACAUUUGUAAGUGAGCAGAAUGCUAUGUGUGUGCAACUUGCAGAUUGAUGAUGAUUGCACUGAGUUCUGCAGGAAACUCAUUACUGCAUAGGAAAUUGUUUUUAUUUUCACUGUUCUACAUGAUUAGCUUAAAUUCAGCUGUGUGUUAAUGUGAGGACAUAAAUUUGAAUUAAAAAUGUUAACUAUGUUUUAACAAUGCAUGUAUUUUAAAAAUGUUUUUGAUGUUUUAACGUAUCUGCUUAGUUUUGUUUUGUAUAGACAUGUCAGCUUAAUAUGCUAUACGAGCUGCUGCUCACAUUGAAUGUUGCCACUAUCAUCUUCUGUAUAAAUAUAGGAAAAUGACUUCCUGGUCUAUUUAAAAGAGUCUCCUGUAAUUAACAAGGUAUCGUUUAUUUCAGUUUAGUACUUAGUCACAAAGAUGUUGAGGAAGACCAGAUGUUUGGUCUCACGCUGUCAAUAUUGAAAGCUGAUCUGCCAGCAACUCUAUAAUAUGCGAAUCGCACUGUUCUGUUUUAACCGUUUCAGAUCUAAUACAGUGUUCAUACACCUGUCUGCAUUGUUCAUGAAUUUAUCAGCAGGUCAAAUACCCACAUCAUAUGUUAACCCUGUGAGACAUCUCAGCUGAGGCUGAAGCAGUGCCAAGAUGGUUCUGUCUCUUAAGUAGGAGACUGUCACUGAUGUUUAGGCACACAGUGCAGUUGCCGCUUAUGUUUUGCAGAAUACCACAUACAGAAAUAAGCAUUGUAAUAAGACACGAUAAUGAGCAUGAAUUUCAUUGCAGUGUGUUUCCCUAGUCUUGUCAUCACUAAUUUCAAAUCUGUUAUUUUUCACUAAAGUUUUGGCGGCAACGCUUAUAAGUAAUUUCUACGUUGCAAUCGCGGGAUAUUCUUCCUGUACGUAAUUUUAAAACAAAA